AAUAUUCUUGUUCUGCAAACAGCGGAUCUCUGCAGCUUGAGGCGAUAUCUUUUAUUCAGCUGACCAAAUACUGGGCGAUGAGCAGUGGUAUAAAACAGUACUUUGGUCUUGAACUGUAACAAGUCCCGAAAAGAUAACCCGUACCUCCCAACAAACAAACAAUCAAACAAAAAAGCAAACAAACACACACACAAAGAAACAAACAAACAAACCAAAAAGGUUAUUGCAACAGCGUUCCAAUCUAAUUGGAGCACGAUAUCCUAGUUACAUAAUAAAAGAGCUUUGGAUGUACCAUAUGCAGUUGCGAGCGCCGUAAAACCCCAUACUAAACUAACUUGGAUGUACCAUGGAAAGAUUAUGGGCUGGAGACAGUUUUUUUGGGAAAAAUGAUAAAUUAUUGUAUCCUUUGAAAGACCCUUGGUUUUGUUUAACAAUAAACUGUCGCUAAAGCAACGGAUGUGAAAUUUUAGCUCAGCUGUCUGCCCCUCCCCCCCUUUCCAAAAGAUUUCGUGAAUCCGAAACUAACGGUAGUCUGCUGCGUAGUGGGCUUGAACUUCAUCCGCAUGAAAAAUUGAGGUUCGAAUUUGCAGUGAGUCAGUGUACUGACAUUUCACGCCAUUCCUAGAUGAAGAUUACACCUCAGUUGGCUUGUCCCAACGGUGGGUCGCGUGCUCUGACAACUAAGCGACGUAGAUCUACAUUGUGUUUUGUUGAGAGUUAAGACUAAGAGUGCAUGAACUCUUGAGAGCAAAGCUAAAGAAAAUCACCAGUAGGCUUAAUUCAACCUGCUUAUGUUACUUCUGUCAGCUGGACAGUUGAUCUGAUGAUUGUCAAUCUACUACAUUGAGCUUUUUGUUUUGUCCCGUGUGUGCGUGACCUUUUAAAAGUUCAUAUGAGGGUAAAUGAUAGAACGUGGCCUUUUGCAGUCUUGUCUGAUUUGUGUCGCGACGGGGUGGAAUCAGGCGCCUGUCCAUUUUGGGGCAUAUGGAGUUAUUAGUAUUAGUAAUAUCAUCUUAAGGCUUGUUCAUGUUUUUAUCCUCCCCUGACAGAUCCUACAUGUUGACGAAGUGAAAGAGAGCUUCGCUUUCACCGCUUUCAUUGUCUCCCAGUGGUGGGACAAAUCCCUUGUCUGGGACGUGGAGGAGUUCAGCGGCCUGGACAGCAUUCAGAUGCGAAAUAGUACUUUAUGGAACCCAUUCAUCUAUUUCGGUAACGGCGCACGAAAGAACUUCGUAUUGAAGGCCCCGGACAUUGUAGAAGUAAGACACACAGGGGAAGUUAGAACGCUCCAAAGUUUGCAGAUGGUAACCUCUUGUUUUCUCGACUUGACUUACUUCCCCUCUGACACCCAGAACUGCUCUGUGAUCCUUCAGGCUUUGAAUAACGGUGAGCAGAUCAUCAUCCACUCGAUGAGUUCGAACUUUUCGUCCUUUGAUAUUGAAACCAAUACUGAAUGGACACUGGAAAGCUCUUGCGAGUCGAUGAUACGUUGGGACAAUGGCUUCCAGAAUGAUUCCAAGUUUAUCGUUUUUUAUUUUUUCCUACGUCGUCGUUCCACUUUCUACAUUGUCAACAUCGUGAUGCCCAUAGCUUUGACGUCACUUAUGUCUUUAGUAGUGUUUCUUAUCCCCCCUUCUUCGGGAGAGAAGAUUUCCUUCCUCGUAGCCUUGUUCGUCAGCCUCACCGUGUUUCUAAUGCUGGUGAGUAACAUGCUUCCCCGUAGUCUGAACGAAGUUCCGAAACUAAACACUUUUGUAGUGAUCGCCAUGACGAAAUGCUUCCUUGUCCUUAUAGCUACGGUAGUCGUUCUAAGGCGCUACCACUGGGAACAGGAGAGAGGCGUUGCCAAAAACCCAACACGACGACGAGCACAUAAAAUUUCUCAGACGGAUCAACUGUCUUCAAUGCCUGAUGAACGACGAUUCUGGCGCUCUGGGAUCUACACUCUCACAACUACCACAGCGUAUGGGACCAAGGAGGACAAAACCACCCAGACGAGGCAGAGAAGUCGACGUAAAGUAAAACGUGGCAAAGAAGCAGAAGAGGUAGACGACUGUGAGUCCGGCGUUGAAGGAGGACCCCCCACCAAAGAGCACGACGACACUGAUGAAAAAAAAUCUUGGUUUUCUUCCUCCCGUCUUGAUUUUCUCUUUUUGGUAGUCUUUCUCUGUAUCUCCAUUCCUUUGUACGUAUCUCUCUUUUGGUCCAUUUAA